AUGACCAAUUGGUCUUGUAUAAUCAAGAUUAUUCUAUUUUUUGCUAUAAUCGACACAGCUGCCAGUAAGAGGUCUUUUGGAGUUAUCAGUACUAAGGAGGACUUUUCUUACCUAGACAGAUUCUGCUUCCAAUCCUCUACGGGUCAUCUAGAAUACACACUGACCUAUCCCAAUAGCUAUGCUUCUCCAAGUCUCCUGUUAUACUACGACACAAGCGAUCAGUGGUUAAAGGCUUACAAAGAAUUGAGUAAAUGUGAGGAUCGUAGAGAAGUUUUGACAAAUCGUUCGCUUGAUCAGGCAAUUAUCCGGUUGGAUCCAUAUGACGAAUCUGUUAAUCUCGUGGGCGCCAAAUGUCGUCUGAUGAAGGACGUAUUUGAUAUGGAGUGGGUCAGGUGCAAGGGCACGAGAACUUUCCAAUCGAUGCGUUCUCGUUGGUGGUUUCUCGCUCUUGCAGCUUGCCAGGACGAGAACUUCGACAACAGAACUUCCGGUCUACACGUGGAGUAUGAGCUGCUCAUGACAAACGGUGUUCCAAGCGAAAUACUUCGAUACCAAUUUUCGGAUGAUGAGUGGCUCAUACUUCCGACAGACUUGUGCUUUCUUCUUUUCCAGUGUGGACUACUAACGGUCAACUAUAUUAUUGGAUGUCAACUGAGUUUCCGAAGACUUUACCAUAAUGCAUAUCGUAUCUCAACACAAUCGAUGCUAUUGGAUGUAUGUGGAAUAUCAAUGAUGGUGAUUGCCUAUGGCUCAUAUGCUCUCGAUGGGGUUGGAUUUCCGUUUCUCAAGCUUAUGGCUGAGCUUUUUCGAGGCUUUGCGCAAAUGUUCUUCAUCUUCAUGGUUUUGCUACUUGCACGAGGGCAGAAUGUGACAAAAAUGAAGUUGUCAAAGAUGGACAAUAUUUCGUUGUUUUGCCUCACAUCUUUUUUCAUCACCUCGUAUAUAGGAAUGCUGUUCUGGGAAAUAAAGGGUUUCGAUCCGGCACUCGUCUAUUUCCCAUCUGAAUCCGUGCCGGGUUAUAUGCUCGCGGGUUGGCGCAUAGCUGCCUGGAUCUUCUUCUCAAUAAAUUCCUACCUCACACAAAGAGCUUACCCAUCCAAACGGAAGUUUUACGUCACAUUUGUUAUACUGCUGACUCCUUGGUUCUGGGCGGGUCCCAUAGUGCUAUGUGUUGCGAACUAUUUACUGGAUAAUUGGGUACGAGAAGGAGUGAUUAACAUAGUGGAUAAUUGUGUCAUUUCCUACGGUUAUGUGGUGUUCUUGUACAUAUCAUGGCCGAGCAAUGCUAAUGAGAACUUUCCCUUCCACAUUCGCACCACUCAGAUCGACGUCAACUUCGACCCUCAGAAUGCCUAUCAAGCCAAAGAAGAGGAAACGGUUACAUCUGCCAUACCAUUGGGGACCAUGCGACCACAAAUCACAACGGCUCACGACCACAUGGAUGAGCGUUUGUAAAGCUGUUUGCGGAUGCCUUUGCCUUUUGCCUUCCUUCAUUUAUGUACUCGUGAACUGUCACGUCUUUUGUCAGUGUAACUCUUGUUCUUCUUUCAAGUACGAAGCGGGAACAACACUCGGUAUUUUAGAUUUUAUGAAGUGCCAUGAAGCUUACUGUUACUCCUCUUAGAAAUGAUAAUCCGCUUUAGUGGACG